CAGAGGGCGGGAAGGCGGAAGUUGCCAGCCUGCUGGAACCGUCUCCCAAAGCUUCCGGUGACACAGACACAGCCUGGGGACGUGGGCGAGGCGGCAGCUGCUGUAAGCAGCUGUCACCUGCCGGGUGCCGGUCCUGGCAGAAGUGGGGGCUCCCAGGAAGGCCUCAGUCUUUGCCGCUUUGGGUCACGGCUGUAUCUCAGCAUCUGGACCAUGCCCGGGGUUGAAUGAAUGGGGUUUCCACUCGCUGAGUUUCCCUCCUGAGCUGAGCCCUUGUCUCCCAAACCCACCCCGGGCCCCACCCCGCCUGGCCCAGCGCGGCCCCCGGUCCUGGGCCACCCGUGCCCCUGCUGGGUAUUGGCCGGGUGGACAUCGGCGGCGUCUACCUCAGUCCCCUACCAGCCACGCGGACUGUCCUUCGCCUGACCUUGUCCCAGUGCCCUAGAUAGUGUGUGUCGUUGAAUCCUUACAGCCAACCUGCCCCGCGGGCGCCUGGUCCCCGCACAGAUGGGACCUUACUAAGCGGCCUGGGCUGAGCUCGAACUUCAACCCUCCUGCCUCAGCCUCCCAGAGUGCUGGGAUUACCUGGCCCCAUGGAAAGUGGACAGAGAAUGUACCGGAAAGGCCGGAAGCUGGGCUCCAGCCGCCGGCGGCAGAUGAGAGAGCCGGCCGAUGGCCAGGAUGCCCCGGGGGACCCAGGACCCGAGUCCUGGACCUCGGAAGCCGAGGCGGAGCUGCAGACCUUCUUCCAGAACUGUGGUGCCAAGGACAGAGGCUUCGUGACCCGCGAGGACCUGGCGGAGGCCAAGUUCCGCUUCCUGGGCAACGAGGAGGAGCUGCAGAUGAUCUUCGACUGGGUGGACUCGGAGCGGAGGGGCCGCCUGUCCCUGGAGGAGUUCAGUUCUGGGCUCAAAAACAUCUUUGGCUCCAGCCUGAGCACCCAAGGGCUCCGCAGGCGGCGGCCACCGCCCUCCCCGCGGGUGUCUGUGACCGCCAGCUUCCCGGCACUGGAGGAGGCCGACUCAGAGGAGAGGGAGGCAUUCCUUGCCCUCCUGGGACAGCUGGGGACCGGCCCCUCGAUUCCUGAGGAGAAGGAGAUCUGGCAGCUGUGGGGGAAACUGAGGCAGGAGGAGCCCCAGCUGGUGGGCAACCUGGAGGGCUUUCUGGCCGAGAUGAGCAGCCGCCUGCAGGAGGUCCGGGCCGACAAGGAGGCCCUGGAGCAGACGCUGAGGAAGCGUGACUCUGACCACCACCGCGAGGUGUGGCAGCUGUACGAGGAGAUGGAGCGGCAGAUCCACCGGGAGAAGCGGCAGCUGCAGGCCCAGAGCGAAUCCCGGGGCCAGGCCCUCAGUGCGCAGAUGCAGGAGGCCCUGGAGGCCAAGGAGCUCGAGGUACAGCGGCUGCAACAGGGCCAGAGCGAGCUGGAGGCCCAGCUCCACAGCCUCAGUGACAGCCACCGAGAGGCCACCUCGGAGAACUUGCAGCUCAGAGAGGCUGGGCAAGACCUGGCCGGGCAGCUAGAGGAGGUGCGGGGGCAGCUGCAGGUGACCAGGGGACACCUGGAUGCUGCCAGGGGCCGAGUGUCAUGGCAGGUGGAGGAGGAAGUCAGUGUCCCGGGAGCGAGCAAGAAGGUCCCAGGCACUCAGGCCGAGGCCUCCGAGGAGGGCCCCCUGCCCGGGCUGUUUGGAGACAGUGACGACUGGAACCAGCUCCUGAGUGGCUUCAGCAGCCCUUGGCAGAGAGCCCUGCAGCUAUCCUGGAGCCCACCCCCCACCCCCCACGCUGCCUCAGGACCCCCGACACCCCGAGUGGUCAGGCAGAUCUCCAUCUCCGAGCCGCACCCUGGGCCGGAUCCAGAUGGGCCUCCGAGGAGCCCGACAGGGCCGCCCCCCAGCACCCAGGAUGGGAAGGGAGAGGACGUGGCCGGGCAGGCCAUGGGGCCAGAGCAGCCUGUUGGGCCCGGUGGCCUGGAACCCAGCAUCGAGCCGGCAGCUGGACUCCAGGCUGGCUCCCCCUGGGGUCUCCUGGGGGCCCCUGCCAAGGAGUCCGGGAGCCUGGUGGCAGCGGCGCUCAAGGUCCUUGUUCCUGUGGAGGACGCUGGCUCUCGACCCCCUUCCCAGGCUUCCACUGGGCUCAGUGAGCAGCUCCAGGCCUCUGAUGACACAGACCCUGGGCCCAGGCCUGCCCCGGCCAAGCAGUCCAGGCAGAGAGACGCCCCACAGGCUGAGGGCGCCGAACCGGGCCUGGCGUCCCUGGGAGCUCUGGUUCCCGCUGAGGGCCUGGAGCCUGUGGGUCAGGCUCCCCAAGAGGUCCCGGAGCUGGGCGAGCCGAGGCUGGCCGGGCAGGAUAGCCACCCUGGAGAGCUCAGGGAAGCUCAUGGCCAGGUCCCUGGGCCAGAGAGGAUGCCAGUCCAGCCCCUCCAGAGUCCUGAGGAGGAGCCCCAGGCUGGGGAAGGAAAAGCAGUAGGCCGAGGCAGGCAGGAUCCCAGUUCUGAGCAGGCAGCUGAGGCUACAGAAUCCACCCAGCCAACCCCUCUGCCUGCUUCUACCCAUGCUGAGCCACUGCAGGCUCUCUUGGCUGUGGCCCCUGCUCGUGGACAGCUGUCCCCCGCAGGGCAGUCUCCCCCCACAGGGGUCCAGGAGCUCCCACAAACCCUUCCCACCCCAGCUGAGCCCAAAGCCCCACCCAGGCCCCAACCUGACACUGCCCAGGCAGAGAGACAGCCAGGCCGCCUUCCACCUGGAGAACCCCAGGCGGAGAGCUGGCCCUCGGCCCCUGGCAUGAGCUCCUCCCCAGGGCACCCUGCCGCCACCAGCCAGCCUCAGGCUGACCUCGACUACCUCUUCCACGUCAUCUUCCUGGGCGACUCCAAUGUGGGCAAGACCUCCUUCCUGCACCUGCUGCACCAGAAUGCCUUUGCCACCGGGCUGGCUGCCACCGUGGGAGUGGAUUUUCGGGUCAAAACCCUGCUGGUGGACAACAAGUGCUUCGCGCUGCAGCUGUGGGACACGGCUGGCCAGGAGAGGUACCACAGCGUGACGAGGCAGCUGCUCCGCAAGGCGGAUGGGGUGGUACUCAUGUACGACGUCACCUGUCAGGAGAGCUUUGCCCACGUGCGCUACUGGCUGGACUGUCUGCAGGACGCAGGGGCGCAGGGCGUGGUGCUCCUCCUCCUGGGCAACAAGAUGGACUGCGAGGAGGCGCGGCAGGUGCCCACGGAGGCCGGGCGGCAGCUGGCGCAGGAGCUGGGGGUGUCUUUUGGAGAGUGCAGUGCCAUCCUGGGUCACAACGUCCUGGAGUCCAUGGUGAACCUGGCCCGGUCACUCAAGGUGCAGGAGGACCGCCUGAAGGACUCGCUGGUGGAGGUGGCGCCCAGGAAGCCGCCCAAGCGAGCCGGCUGCUGCUCCUGAAGCCCCGCCCCCACUUCCUGUCCCUCAGCUCCGUCCUGGCCUCCUGGAGGCACAGAGGCUGGGACAGAUCUGUGUGGUCACAUUUCUGUAAGGACUGGGUCUUUUUUUUCCAGUACCGGGAAUCGAACUCACGACCUCACGCUUGCCAGGCAGGCUCUGUGCCGCUGAGCUAAAUCCCCAGCCCAGGACUGGGUCUUAUAAAAACUAAUGUUGAGCAGGA